UCACAACAAAGCGCCCCAAAAGGAGCGUCGCUUUUACUCUCUCUUCAUCUAUAUAUAAACAAUAACCUUCCACCUUCAAUUAUCACACCAUCCAUCCUCUCUCUUUCUCUAUCCCUCUCUGAUUAUUACGUUAUGGCCAAGAUUUGUUUGAAACCCGACCCGGUUACUCCUAACCCGAUCCACAAUAAUGCAAAGGAGAUUCGUUAUAGAGGCGUAAGGAAGCGUCCUUGGGGCCGUUACGCCGCCGAGAUCCGAGAUCCCGGUAAGAAAACCCGCGUCUGGCUUGGUACCUUCGACACCGCUGAGGAGGCGGCGCGUGCUUACGAUAAGGCGGCGCGUGAUUUCCGUGGUGCAAAGGCGAAAACUAAUUUCCCGAAUUUUCUUGAGCUGAACGAGAAAUUGACCUCCGGUGGUGGCGGUUUCGCGCGGAGCCCUAGCCAGAGCAGCACCCUCGACUACGCUUCUCCUCCGGCGGCAGUUACACCGGCGACUGAUGGGAUUGUUCAGCCGCAACUUGAGCUUAGUCUUGGCGGCGGCGCGUGUUACCAUAUCCCGACGGCGCGUCCCCUCUACUUUUUGGACCUUAUGGGAAUCGGAAACGGAGUUCGUGGUCAGCUUCCUUUGUCGUCGGCGUUUAGGUCGCCGGUGAUGCAUGUAUCUACGAAGAUGGCUUGUGGUGCCCAUAGCGAUUCUGAUUCGUCGUCAGUCGUCGAUUCCGAAGGUGGCAUGGAGAGGAGAUCUCAGCCAUUAUAUCUAGAUCUAAACUUGCUCCCUCCGGCGGAACAGGUCUGAGCUUUUGGCGGUUUUUGUAUCAUUUGCGACGCGCCUGCUUUUUUUUUUUGCGUUGCAGCUGUGAUAAUAAUUUCACGUAGUUUUUUUCGUCUCACUCUAAAAUAAUUAUAUCGGUUUUUAGAAGAAAAAUAUAUUAGUCGAGGGAGAAAAUAUAUAAUGUUAGCUGACAUGUAUCGUUAUGUACAUGACCGAAGAUCUGAACUUUUGUUGUGUGCUUUUUUGCGACUUGGUUUUUUCACCAUGUUGUUUCUCUCCAGUUUGUUUUUCUUUUGUUAUUUGUAUUCCAAAUUUUCAAUUAUUAAUUUGGUAAUCUUCGUAA